GCAGUGCCAGAUGUAUGAGAAACUGUCCAUGUGGCAAAAUGUCUAAACCCCCCAUUGUCCUGCCUUUGUUGCCUUGGCCUCGCGAUACUGUCACACACUCUGUUAGCCGUAUAUAUCCGGGUGUCCAAAAGUUUCCACUGUAAUAGUGUGUGACUAAUUUGGGACAUCUAUCAGUGGAAAAUGUCACAGUACUCAGGAAAGAUUGUCUUCUAUGAGGGAAAAUGCUUCACUGGGAGGAAGCUGGAGAUCUGCAGCGACUGUGAUAACUUCCAAGACCACGGCUUCAUGAACAGGGUAAACUCUGUCCGCGUAGAGAGCGGUGCCUUUGUCUGUUUUGACCACCCAGACUUCAAGGUCCAGCAGUAUAUCCUGGAGCACGGGGAAUACCCUGAAUUCCAGCGCUGGAACGCCCAUAAUGACCACAUGGGCUCCUGCAGACCAAUCAGGAUGCAUGGAGAACACUACAGGAUGGAGUUGUUUGAAGAGGAAAACUUUACUGGCCAAUGUGUGGAGAUGUGUGAAGACUGUCCAUUCCUGCAAACAAGAGGCCUGACCAAGAACUGCGUCAACUCCAUCAAAGUCUACGGAGAUGGGGCGUGGGUGCUGUACGAGGAGCCAAACUAUUGUGGCCGCAUGUACAUCGUGGAGAGAGGGAACUACUGCAACCACAUGGAGUGGCAGGCCCAGAACCCCAACAUCCAGUCUGUCCGCAGGGUGGCCAACUACUUCUGAAGAGGUGAGAUGGUCCACUGAGCAGCUUCAUCGCGUUGUCACGUCGUCUCAGUCAGACUCCGAGUGGCUGUAAAAUAAUAAAAGAUGACGAAAAUGUCUUUAUUGCUUGCUGGUUUGUUUUUUGUACUGAAUUAUUUAAAGCCUGAAAUAAAGAA